ACUUGGGCCGUCCUGGGCGCGCCGCCUCUUCUGUCGCUGCCCCGCGUUCGCUCGCUGCUCGCCGGUCGCGGCGGGCGCCCCUCGCAGGAGCCCUCCGCUCGGCGGGCACCGAUGCCCAGGCUGCACGACCACUUCUGGAGCUGCCCCUGCGCCGGCGCCGCGAGGUACCCGAGCCCCCCGAGAGCCCGCGCCGCGAAGCCGGCCGCCGAGCCCGGAGACAUGAGCGCCGCCGCGGCCCAGGCCGCGGGCGCAGACCCCUCGCCAAGGGGCCCGCGGGCCGGGGCGAGCGGCCGCGCCAGCAGCUGGCACCAUUACCUGGUGCAGAGGAGCCUCGUGCUCUUCUCGGUCGGGGUCGUGCUGGCCCUGGUGCUCAACCUGCUGCAGAUCCAGAGGAAUGUCACUCUAUUCCCUGACGAAGUGAUUGCCACCAUCUUCUCCUCCGCCUGGUGGGUGCCCCCGUGUUGCGGGACGGCGGCGGCGGUUGUUGGCUUACUCUACCCUUGUAUUGACAGUCACCUGGGAGAGCCCCACAAGUUCAAAAGAGAGUGGGCGAGCGUCAUGCGCUGCAUUGCCGUCUUCGUUGGCAUCAACCACGCCACUGCUAAGUUGGAUUUUGCCAAUAAUGUCCAGCUGUCCCUGACCUUGGCAGCUCUGUCCCUGGGCCUCUGGUGGACAUUUGAUCGUUCCAGAAGUGGCCUGGGACUGGGGAUCACCAUAGCCUUUCUAGCGACUCUGAUCACUCAGUUUCUCGUGUAUAAUGGUGUCUACCAGUACACAUCCCCAGAUUUCCUCUAUAUUCGUUCGUGGCUCCCAUGUAUAUUUUUCUCAGGAGUCGUCACCGUGGGAAACAUAGGACGACAGUUGGCUAUGAGUGUUCCUGAAAAGCCACAUAGUGAUUGAGCCUUCAAACCCACUGAUUCCGAAGAAGAAGCAAGAUCUGGGAAGAAAGCUGUGAUAGUGGUUGUGAUGAAGAUGUUUUUUCCUAAAUACUCUAUUUAGAUUGGGCUGAGGACAAAUGACUCCUGGAAGCUAUGUUCACCUGGUCUAGAAUAGCAAACUGGAGACGAUGACUACUGACCUGGAAGUCUUACCUUGACCCAGCACACCCACACCUGUCUGCUGCGGGGCGUUUCCUGGCGGCUUGUGGGACUCCAGGCUGGGCCGUUUUCCCAAGCAUUAGGUUCAUUCCUGCUUUAAAAAACAAGUUGCCAUAUUUCAAAGCCUUGAGCUACCCCUUGAUUACCCACUGUCAGUUUGUGUCUGUGCCCAAAGGAAACAGGUUGACGGUGCUUGACGGAUGAGGUGUGGUAGAACAGGAGUGUUCAUCCAGAAGGUUUUAAAAUGGGGUUGUGUUUAAGAGAAAGGA